AGAACAUCCUUUUCACAGAAUAUAAAUAAGUAUCGUUAUAGUACUUUACUACCUCUGUUAAAUUUACUGUCAAAUAUCUUGGAACUCUCGACUUAGUCAUGAUUUAUAUCUACACUUCUUCAGCUGCAGGCAGCACUAAGAUGAGGAAAGAGCAACAAGCAAUUUUGGAUUAUUUGAAAUCCAAGGACAUGAAAUUUGAAGAAAUUGACCUCUGUGCGCAGACUGACGCGAAAGAUGUAAUGAGAUCGAAAAUUCCAGCAGAAGUGACAAAAUACAACGACUCUAAUAAAGCACUUGCACCACAAGUCUUCAAUGAGGACGAAUACUGUGGGGAUUACACAAUGUUCUUCGAAGCAAGGGAAAUGGAACUGCUGAAUACUUUCUUCAAAGUUCCACCUUCAGAAAAGGAAAAAGGAAACAUGAAAAAGGUUGACUUGGAAGCCGCAGAAAACAAGGAAAAUGAUCCAAACGUUGGAAAUGUUGUUAAAACUGAAGAGAAUGGCCUUGGAAAUGACACUGAUCAAGGUCAAAAGGUCAAAGCAGGAGAUAAUGGUGAAAAAAUAGAAGAUAAUCUGAAAGAAGAGACCGAUAACGCAGAACAAUCUGCAGAAAGUGAUAAAGUGCAACAAAAAGAGGAGAGCAAUGAUGUGGAACAAAAAGGAGAGAGCAGUGAUGCGGAAAAGCAAAAAGGAGAGAUCAAUGAUGCAGAACAAAAAGGACAAUCUGAUGUCAGUGAUCAAAAUGGCGAUGGAGCGAAACAAGAAAGCAGUGAUACGGCAACUGAAAAAGGAGAGACCGGUGAAGCAGAACCAAAAAGAGAAGAUGCAAAACCAGAAACUGGUCCGGAUUAAAGAAUCAGAACAUCGCUAUCGACAACCGCACUCGUUCGAAUGAAACUUUUCUUGAAAAAAUCUUUACGCAAAAGCAUUGUGUUGCAUGCUAUUUAACUCAGCAUAUUAAUUCACUCUAGAACUAUCCUGCACUUUCUCAAUCUUUAUUUCUUUUUUGCUCCAUUCAGAAUGUUGUUAUCACGCUGCAAAUUUGAAAAUUUUCUUCUUGAUAUCUUUUCGUGAUAUUCGGAAAACUAAAAAUUUCAUUCGUGUAUUUCAACUCUUACUUGAAGUCAUAAAAUUCUUAAAUCCUAUCUAUUAAUUAACUGUACGGAAUGUAAAAAUCAAACUUUGGGUUUUAACUAUAGCAGUACUGCCAU